AACCAACUCGAACGGUAUGCACCCAGCACAAAAUUGAGUAAAACUUCGAGCCAUCGCUGGGAGGAGAAGGAAAAAGCUCCAAAUCACAAAUCCCUAGCUUUUCUACAGCCGGAAGAAUGGCUCUCUCCAGAGCUCGCGCCGUCGUCUCAUCCUCUCUCCUCACCAAGCUCCUCCACUCCACCGCCUCCCGCCCCUUCAGCACCUCCUCCAAUGCAUUCGACUCGCUCUCUCAAUCCACAACACCAGCCGAGGCCUACCAAAUCUUCAAGCUCGACCCAAGCUCCCACAUCGGCAGCUGCAUGCCCCUAUCCAUGAUGCGAAUCGGCACCUUCAUCCACAACAUCGAGAUGAACCCCGGGCAGGGCGGGAAGCUGGUCCGGGCAGCGGGCACCUCCGCCAAGAUCCUCAAAGAACCCAAAGCCAACCGCCACGUACUCAUCCGUCUCCCUUCAGGAAAGGAAAAAUUGAUUGAUACUCGCUGCAGGGCCACGGUGGGGACGGUGUCGAACCCGGGCCACGGGGCGAAGAAGCUGAGGAAGGCGGGGCAGAGCCGGUGGCUCGGGAGGCGGCCGGUGGUGAGGGGGGUGGCGAUGAACCCGGUGGAUCACCCGCACGGAGGGGGGGAGGGGAGGAGUAAGAGUAGUGGGAGUCAUGGAAAGGGGUCUAGGACGCCGUGGGGGAAGCCUACUAAGGGUGGGUAUAAGACUGGACCGCUUAAGACGAAGAAGUAGGGUUUGGUCUAGACCCUUUUUUUUCGUUUGUCGCAAUUAUUGUAGUGAUUUUUGUGCAUUUCAGAAUUUUGUCACUCCCUUUACUAAUUUGAGGUAAACUGUUGUAUAAAUGGGAUUUAUUUCUCUAGUUUUAUUGUUGGUUGGUCAUUUUGGGUUUGGUCAAUCAAAUAAAUCGUGCAAGUGACAUAGUUCAAA